UAGAAAAUAAAGGAGCUGAUGAAAAAAAGGCGAAGUUGCCUUCAAUUGUCCAAGCCUAACGUCAUGGAAAGAGUUACUUUGUUGUAGCGCGCACAGGAACCAACCCAAAGAAACAAUUCUGGCCCGUGGUGCGUGUUGAUGCUCUGUAGAAGGAGACUGUUUCGUUGGUGAUUCUGCUUUUUUGUUAUAUUUAAAGGAUCGGCUGAAGAUGGACAGGAACCUGUUUACAAGGAAAACGCAGCAAGUUUCAGUCUGAGGGAAUGCGGACCAGGCUCAAACUGCACAGGGGCACCAUCACUCAUCCCUCUGUUUUUCUUCACGCCAGGCCACUUUGUCUUGGAAAUAUUUUUUUUUAAUCAAGGAUCAUUUUUUAGGCUCCGUAAUGAGAAACAAGUGUCCGGAAAGUCAACACCGCGACUUUGCAGACCAGUUUCUGAGGAUUAAAACCUCCCUCGGUGCUUUUGGAGAAGCUCUUCGGUGAAACCAGUUUUGUUUUUGAACCUGCUGUGUUUGUGAUGUGUAAGGAGGUAGAGAGUCUGUUAUGAGGGAGUUAAUGUGUUAUAGAGCCUGUGUAGCCUGAAGGUAUUGUUAGACUUUUAGGCAUAAUAGAUAAUAAGACAAUAGAGCGAUCGACUCAAUGGGCUGAGGAUGCUAGUGGUCACAGUCUGCAUAUUUUAGACUUUUUUUUUUUUGGCGGAUAGAAGUGAUAGAAUAACAUUUGCAUAACUGUUGACUUCUCCUGUGUUUAAGUGUCAGAUCAUUAAAGUUUGCACAGUUCCUGCUGUGCUGUUGCACACUUGCUCCAACAGCUGCCAUGUAAUUUGAGAUGAGUUUAAAUAUUACAGUGAGCUAGUGUCUAGAUGUUUCCAACACGGCAUGCAUCAAGACAGUGGCAUCAAUAUAAACUAGGCACUAUGUGCAUGUAGAAUUUGUUGCUUUAGGACCCACUGGAGUAUCAAAAUGUCAGUGAAAGCCAAAGCAAUCUACACUUUUCUAAGUGAAAACAAAGAGGAGAUCAGCAUCCAGGAGAAUGAGGAACUGGUUAUCUUUGAUGAGAACUCAGUGGACGGCUGGUUUCAGGGGGAGAACAGCCGAGGAGAGAGGGGUCUCUUCCCUGCGUCCUAUGUGGAAAUUAUUCGCACUCGCUCAAACUCCAACGUGACUGACUGCUCCAUAAGCCCGGCAGGAUCUUUAGGAAAUGACUCCUCCUAUUUCCCCUCAACCCCAAUCACCCCUCUGCAUUUGCAGCAGAGUUACUAUGACGACGACGACGAUGACUGGGACGACUGGGACGACAGAUCGACAGUGGUGGACGAUGCUGACCCCUCUAGGAGCCCUGGUGCCAAUGGACAUGCCAAUCAGAGCCCACUGUCCAACAACCCCAAUGUGCACUACCGGGCCAAACCACACAUGGAGAGACAGGACAGCAUCUCCAGCUCCAGGAAAGGCAGCAUGGUGGGCAGGAACUUGAACAGAUUUUCCAGCUUUGUCCGCUCAGGGGUAGAAGCGUUCGUGUUGGGUGAUGUACCCAUGAUGGCAAAGAUAGCUGAGUCGUACACCAUCGAUAUGGGUCCCCUGGGGCCCCGGUGGAAGGAGAGCCCACAGCCGUUCUCCUGCUCCAUCGAAGACCCCACUAAACAGACAAAGUUCAAGGGCAUCAAGACGUACAUUUCAUACCGGGUCACGCCGAGCCACACGGGGCAUCCCGUCUACAGGCGCUACAAACACUUUGACUGGCUGUACAACCGCUUACUGCACAAGUUCACUGUUAUCUCCGUGCCUCACCUGCCUGAGAAGCAGGCCACGGGGCGAUUUGAGGAAGACUUCAUCGAGAAGCGUAAGAGACGACUGAUACUGUGGAUGAACCACAUGACCAGUCACCCAGUCCUCUCCCAGUAUGAAGGCUUUGAGCACUUUCUGAUGUGUGCUGAUGACAAGCAGUGGAAACUGGGCAAGAGACGGGCGGAGAAGGACGAGAUGGUGGGUGCCCAUUUCAUGCUGACUCUCCAGAUCCCUAACGAGCACCAGGACCUUCAGGACGUAGAGGAGCGGGUCGACUCCUUCAAGGCCUUCGCUAAGAAAAUGGAUGACAGUGUGAUGCAGCUCACACAUGUCGCCUCGGAGCUGGUGCGUAAGCACCUGGGUGGGUUCAGGAAGGAGUUCCAGCGGCUGGGAAAUGCCUUCCAGUCUAUCAGCCAGGCGUUCAUGCUGGACCCUCCCCACAGUUCAGACACCUUCAACAACGCCAUCUCCCAUACAGGCCGCACCUAUGAGAACAUUGGAGAGAUGUUUGCAGAGCAACCUAAGUAUGACCUCUUCCAUAUGCUGGACAAACUGUCGCUCUACCAAGGCCUGCUCGCCAACUUCCCCGACAUUAUUCAUCUACAGAAAGGUGCCUUUGCCAAGGUGAAGGAGAGCCAGCGGAUGAGUGACGAAGGGAAGAUGGACCAAGACGAGGCCGACGGCAUUAGGAAACGCUGCCGGACUGUUGGGUUUGCCCUUCAGGCAGAGAUGAGCCACUUCCAUCAGCAGCGAGAGGUGGACUUCAAAGACAUGAUGCAGGCCUACCUCAAGGAGCAGAUAGCCUUUUACCAACGUGUUGUCCAGCAACUGGAGCGCACCCUGCGCAUGUACGACUGUCUGUAAAGACACCGAACUGCUGCCCAGUUCAAGAUGCCAAAAAUCACACAAGAGAAGUCUUGACUCUUUUAUCAAGGCGUUUUGUGUUGGUCCUGUUUGGUUCAGUUUGAAAAGACUUGCAGAUAAAUGAAGCAGUAGUUACUGGAAAGACAAAGUCAGUCUUUCGCUUUGAUGGAUUCAAAGUCACAUUUUUUGUUUUUUUAGAGACCUACUGUACCUUUUAGUUCUGACAUACACAUCACAUAGGCAAUGUCACAGCAUAUUGUUUAUUUUACAUAAUUUAAGGUGUUUGUAACAUUAACAUAAGAAUAUAGGUUUCAAAUUCAUAGCGAAUCUAUAGUUGAAUAUUCUAUAGUGUAACACACGCCAUGAAACGGGUUCUGUUUUAAAAUGGUCCCCUUCUCUCCAACAUCAUGACAUUUAUUCAUGUCAGUUUCUCUGAUAUCUCUUAGAACAGGUCACAAAUGUCUGUCUGAACUUUGCACCAUGUGGACGACUCACUGUUACCAUGUAAUUCAGUUUAGUAAUGUCAUUUUCUUACUUUCUUCAUUCAGCAAGUACCUUUAAGGAUCUGAGGCAUUCUGAUGGAAUGAAAAUACUUUUAAAUGGACCAUUUGUCUGUAGCAUGCUUUGUGUUUUAUAGGGCAACUUUUUUGGAAUGAGUUGUAUUUAGAAACAAGUUUGCACAUGUUUUUAUAUACUAGUGGGUCAUAAUGUAGGGGUGCGUUUAUGUGUGCGUGAGCGAGUGAAAUGAGUCAACUACUGUGCUGAUCAAUCCCCUUUUCCACAGUGAAAAACAAAAAGUGAUGCCUUCGUAUGUAGCAGCAGGUUUAUCCAGUCAGCUAGUAUGAAAAGUAGUCAGAUAGUUGAAGUGGGUUAACUAGUUGUCUGAGGCAGAACAUCAACUUGCCAUUUCCCUAUUGUAUUUGGUUUGAGUGAGUGUUUAUUUCUAAAUAAGAGUUGUUCCAAUAACUCAGUAAUUACUCAUCCUGCUUAACGAGAGAAACAUUUCAUGGCAACUUGUGGUUUGAUGAGACUAUCUUUAGCGUCGUGUUAACCUUAGAGGUUUUUAUGGAGUCUGCGUUGCAAUUAUAAGCAUUACCUCAAGAAGUGUAGGGACUGUUUUUGUGAGCUUCACACGCCUUUCCUCAAGCAAUUCCCAGUGUCCAUGUGUCAGUUGUGAGACACUGAUUCUUCAUUUUGAUGGAAGAGGGUUUGAUCUCUCAGUGGUGUGUUUAGUUGUGGAUGAAAAGUGAAAGGAAAAAUGAUUUUGUGACAUCUGUGUCUGUUUUGUAAGUUUCAGAAUUUGAAGUGAGAACCAUAUAAUGGUUCUCCCAUAACAAAGAAGCGCUGAUUCAGAGUGCAGGUUUCUCAGUAAACAAACGGUCCCUGUAUGUGCGUGACUCAGAUAUGAGAUAUGUCGUAUCAGUUACUGGUACUGUUCAGUCCACAUCUGCAGUCUUUAACUCAUUGCUGUCUAAAUGUGGUGUUGUUUAUGUUUGUUUAUUUUUGAACAAAUGUUUGCUUUUCGUACUUCUGCAUUUUAUUUUUUUUAAUUUCUGUCAGCAUUUGCACUCAUCGCAGUUUCUCCAAGACCAAAGAAGUCAGACAUUUUCUACUGGGCUUCCUUUUUUACUCUGUAUGGUUGUAGUGAAAGUGAAUGUGCUCUCUGGUUUUGUAAUUGAAUCUGUUCUACUCUGAGGAAAAUGUGAAGACAUCAUUUGGAAAAAGUAAAGAAACAUUCCACAAAGAAACUGCAAAGGAGACCAAAGGCAAAGACAGAUUUUGGGCAAAAGAAAGACAUGCAAGGUGCAGAACGAGAGAAGAACCAUUCAGAGAAGUGCUUGCAGCCCCAAUCAGGUUUCAUAAUGACACUCUCCUCUCAUGUUUCAAAGCUGCAUGAUAAGUUAAAUGCCAGACAUUUCACACAAGUGAUUGUAUCUUAACAUGGAUGUGUGACCUGGUGAGUUGCAGUAACGCUUUAGUUUCAGUCUCUGAAAUAACAGAUGGUGAUUUUCAGUAAGUAAUUUGUCACUUGAUUUAAGGGAAGGGGACCUAAAAGUCUUAAUAAAAGUAAUGAUGGUGAUCA